UUUACACACUUGAAAAUCUCUCUAAUCAGAUUCUAAAAAAAACCCACAUUUCUCUCUCUCUCUCCCAUUUUUCUCUCUUCUCCUAUAUAGUUCUCUCUAUUUAUUUCUACAGAAAUAAAUGUCCGUGAUUUGAAGAGAGAGAGAGAGAAAGAGAGAAGGGAUUAGAUGUUGAAGACUUGAGAUAGUUGAUUUUCUGGAGAGCAAGAAAGAAGAAGAAUAAAAAGCUUAACCAGAGAACCAACAAUGGCUGUCAGCACUUCUCCUUGCCUCUCCGGUAAUGAGAAAAAGCACUGGUGGCUUAGUAAUCGAAAGAUUGUGGAUAAGUAUUUGAAAGACGCGAGGAACCUCAUUGCUACCCAAGAACACAGCGAUAUCGCUUCGGCUUUGACUCUCCUCGACGCGGCUCUGGCCCUCUCGCCGCGGCUGGAGCAAGCGCUCGAGCUCAAAGCCAGGUCUCUGUUAUAUCUCCGGCGGUUCAAGGACGUGGCGGACAUGCUUCAGGACUACAUUCCGAGCCUGAAAAUGGCUUACGACGACUCGGGCUCUGAGAACUCAUCUCAGCAGCUUUCUAGAGAGCGAGUCAAGCUUUUAUCUUCUUCCUCGUCCGACUCAUCGGACGGUCGUGAUCCUUCUUUCAAGUGCUUCUCCGUCUCCGACUUGAAGAAAAAGGUCAUGGCCGGACUCUGUAAAAGUUGCGAGCAAGAAGGGCAAUGGAGAUAUUUGGUAUUAGGCCAAGCUUGUUCUCACCUCGGUCUAAUGGAAGACGCCAUGGCUCUUCUCCAAACCGGAAAACGCCUCGCCAGUGCCGCAUUCCGCCGCGAAAGCAUAUGUUGGUCGGAAGACAGCUUUUUCCUCUCGAACUUCCCUCUCUCCGGCGAAGUCUCAUCCACCAACAACCGACCAGCCUCGCCGCCACAAUCCCUCUCCGAAUCAGAAAACGUAAACCAACUUCUCAGCCAUAUAAAGCUCCUCCUCCGCCGUCGCACGGCUGCAAUAGCAGCCCUCGACGCGGGUCUCUACUCCGAGGCCAUCCGGCACUUCAGCAAGAUCGUCGACGGGCGCCGUGGCGCUCCCCAAGGCUUCCUUGCCGAGUGCUACAUGCACCGCGCGUCUGCAUACAAAUCCGCAGGCCGAAUCGCCGAGGCCAUUGCUGACUGUAACAGAACCCUCGCUCUCGACCAGAGCUGCAUUCAAGCUCUCGACACCAGGGCUUCGUUGCUCGAAACGAUCCGUUGCUUACCCGAUUGCUUACACGAUCUCGAGCACUUGAAGCUUCUCUACAACACCAUUUUACGCGACCGGAAGCUCCCCGGUCCUGUCUGGAAACGCCACAACGUUAGAUACCAAGAAAUACCCGGGAAGUUAUGUGCUCUAACAACCAAAAUCCAAACCCUCAAACAGAGAGUGGCUUCUGGUGAAACCGGGAAUGUGGAUUACUAUUCUUUGAUUGGGCUUAGACGAGGGUGUUCGAGGUCGGAGCUCGAGAGAGCACAUCUCUUGCUGUGUUUGCGGCACAAGCCGGAAAAGGCUACUGGGUUUAUCGAACGGUGUGAGAUUUCUCAUGAUGGUGAUGUUGAUUCGAUCAGAGAUAGAGCUAAGAUGUCUGCUUUGUUGCUGUAUAGAUUACUUCAGAAGGGUUAUUCGAGUGUGAUGAGUGCUAUUAUGGAUGAAGAGGCUGCCGAGAGACAGAGGAAGAAGGCUGCAGCGGCUCUCCAAGCAGCUCAGGCUGCUGCGACGGCGGCUGCAGCAAUUCAUGUACAGCAAGCACAGGAACCGUCGUCGGAAUCUUCUGAAUCAGAAUCAGAUGAUUCCAGCCUUAAUAAUAAUGAUAAUAAUAGUAACAACAAUAAUAAUUCUUCGAAUGUAUUCCAAGGAGUGUUUUGCCGAGACCUGGCUGCGGUUGGUAGUUUGUUGUCUCAGGUGGGGUUCAAUCGUCCUAUUCAAGUCAAGUAUGAAGCUCUGAGCUGCUGAGGUCCGAUUCAAAUUCUGGGGUUUAGCCAUUAAGCAUUACCGGCAAUGGGAUUCUCUUCUCUUCUUUUCUCUCUCUCUCUCUUUCUCUUUCUCUCAUCUCACUCUUUGUACAAAAGAAAAGAAAAACCAAGCCAAAAAAAGAAAUACCUUGCCGGGAAAUUUUGUCACCCUAUUCUCUUUUCUUAUUUCUCGUAUCUAUUGUUACUAGUACUACUACUACUAUAUCUACAUGUACAGAUUUCAGACCGAAUUUUCUUCUUUUGGAUUUUUACUUUAGCUUAUAUGUUUUUACUU